ACAGAUGGCUCAGGAGGUGCUCUUGGGCCUGCAGGUCCUUCAUGGAGCUCAAGUGAUCCAUCGGGAUAUCAAGCCACAGAAUGUUUUAAUCGAUGUGAGUGGACAGGCACGGCUAGCUGACUUUGGCCUGAGCCGAAGACUGGAGAUGGACCAGACCACCGUGAGCACGGACCGAGCAGGGACGCAGUGCUGGGAGGCAGCAGAGAUAUUACAAGCACAUGAGACGACAAAUCAACACGUGAAGUACAAGAGGAACACUGACAUUCAGGUCAGAUCUGAUCAGUAGAAAUUAGCAUAAUGUAUCAUAUGUCAUCGUGAAAUAAGGCUUUCAAAUUGUAGUAUUAGUAUGAUACAUCCUUAACUGAUUAUCUAUUGGUGGCUGUAAUAUUAGUAUACUACAUCCUUAACUGAUUAUCUAUUGGUGGCUGUAAUAUUAGUAUGAUACAUCCUUAA